GCUCACGCGCAUGUUGAAAUAAACACGCGCAAAUUGUGUACUUUUGUGUGUGAAGUGACUUUAAUUUUUUUUUAAUUUAAUUUAUAGUGAUAUUUGAACUGAAACAAUGUUAAAAGGCUGGCAGUUAAUUUUAUCUAAACUGUUCAUAAUACCUCAACGAUGGGUGAUGGCAGUAAUGGGAUUCUUGGCGGUGGCCAACGCUUACACAAUGCGGGUCUGCCUAAACAUCGCGAUCACCCAGAUGGUGCGGCACCGGUCGCAUACCAGCGGCGGCCAAGGUGGCUGUCCUGUACCGAAUCUCAAUGACACUCAUAGUGUUACUUCUGAUGCAAUAACGGAACUACAGUACGAUUGGGACGAACCAACGCAAGGUCUCAUUCUAAGUUCAUUCUACUACGGGUACAUUGUAACGCAUCUACCAGGCGGAUUGCUCGCCGAGCGUUUCGGCGGCAAAUAUUCGCUAGGAUUCGGUGUGCUUAGUACUGCAGUAUUUACUUUGUUGACGCCAUGGACGGUGAAAAUUGGAGAAGCUAAAGGGCUGAUUGUGCUACGAGUCUUAGAAGGUCUUGGUGAGGGUACAACAUUCCCAGCACUCAACGCAAUGCUGGCCCGAUGGGCACCAAUAAGCGAACGUGGAAGAAUGGGAUCUUUGGUCUUCGGAGGAGCACAGAUUGGCAAUAUUGCAGGCACUUAUUUGUCUGGUCUAGUGAUGAAGAAUACAGGGGAUUGGCAGCCUGUCUUCUAUCUCUUUGGAGCUUUGGGAUUGCUUUGGUUUAUUCUUUGGGCGCUGCUCUGCUACAACGACCCGGAAUCUCAUCCAUUUAUCUCAGACAAAGAAAAGAAGUACCUAGAAGAAGCUCUUGGCACACAUCGGAGUAGUCAGCCAUCAGCCAUACCCUGGAAGGCCAUUUUUAUGUCUGUUCCGCUUUGGGCUCUUGUUUGCGCGCAGAUUGGUCACGACUAUGGGUACUUCACAAUGGUAACCGAUCUUCCUAAGUACAUGACAGGAGUGUUGAAGUUCGACAUUCAUAGCACUGGUUACCUAUCGGCGUUACCUUACGCUGUUAUGUGGGUGUGCUCCAUAUUUUUUGGCUACGUUUGCGACAAAAUUGUCAAGAAGAACUGGAUGACUGUUACUAAUGCUAGGAAGACGUUUACGACUGUUGCGUCGGUAGGUCCAGGUAUCUGCAUGGUCCUAGCUUCAUACUCCGGUUGUGACACAACGACAGUGAUCAUUCUCUUCACGGCGUCCAUGGGUCUUAUGGGAGCUUUCUAUCCGGGAAUGAAAGUCAAUGCCCUAGACCUGAGCAACAACUACGCGGGAACGAUAAUGGCCAUUGUUAAUGGUAUUGGCGCCGUUGCUGGCAUCAUUGCUCCUUAUUUGGUUGGCCUUUUGACUACUAACAACACACUCGAACAAUGGCACAUAGUCUUCUGGAUAGCGCUGGUGGUGUUCAUCGUCACCAAUUUGGUAUUUGUGGCGUGGGCGUCCGGAGACGAACAAUGGUGGAAUAGCACUUCGCAAGAUCCUAAAAAGGCACAAGAAGCCAACGUAAAUCGGUCAAUUAAUGCUGAAAUUAAGUUAUAAACCACAAUAUCGAAGUGAACGUUAAACUUCGAUGGGAAAAAGGUAAUUUCAAGGCGACAUUGAAAUCUGUAAAGAUUUUUAUAUACUCUGUGGAAAGAGGUAUAGAAAUUACUAUAACGCUAUAUGAAACUAUCGCGCGAUAUUUAUGAAAAUCGUGUUCCUGUUUGAAACUGUAUCUACUUACUAAAAGAUCAUAAAGAUUAAUGUCUAAUAGGUACAAGUAAAUUUAAUCUAUUUAAAGCCCACUUGCUGUUGACUGUUUAAAUAAUAGAGUUAAUUUCACACUUUACAUUAAGCUAUAAAACUAUUAAAUUAGAGCAUACUCUAAGUACUUUUAUCAGAGCAGUAUAUCACGCCUAUUCUUUAAAUAUCUAUAGAGCAUGUUCACUACUUACUACCAUUUUGAUAUGUGUAGGCAGAGAUGAUAUUCUUUUAAGACAAAGCCUAGUUUUAGGUGUUUUUUACCUGAACUCCGGUUUUGUAACGUCUACCUGGAUUUUGUCAUCUAACGGAUUUUUCGUCUUAAGAGACAAUUUUCAGAAUAAAAAUGGCAGAAGCGUCAAAAUAUUUUAAUUCCAAAGCUGACGUUAUCACACACGCAAAAUGUGCUAAAUACAGAACAAAUUAGUCUAGAUAAUUAUUAAUCUUUGUCAAAAAUCAAGACGAAAUGGUUAGUGAGCAGGUGAGUAUACGGUCCGCAUGCACCCUCCACCAUCGAUAUCGCUGCCGUGACAGGUUUUCGAUUUUACUUUGUUACUUUUGUAGGUAACAUAUUCUAUAUAAAAAGGGAGCAGUAACUUAAACAAAUAAAUUGAUAUUUUUUAUGUAAAGAAGUAACCCGAAAAAAGUACAACUGUUUAGCGACAGCCAGUGUUAUGUGAUAGUAAAAAUAAUUGGUAACAAAUACAAUAAAAUUAGUAAGAAUUUAUUAGUUCUAAUUAUUCCAGAUUAUAAAUUACGAUAAUUUAUUUUCAAAUUAUCGUAUGUUACUCGUAUUCCUUAUUCCUAUUGUGUGUAUAAGACUAGUUUAUAAGGGUCAAAGUGUAACACCGGGUUUUCUGAAUAUAUAUCUAAAAUUACACAUUGAUUGGUUUUCUAGGAUAGUGGCCUAUUUCAAAAGCAUCAUCUCAUCUCAUUCACAAGGAAGAUGGUUUAAAAUCUGGGAUGAGUGUGUCGCGCAAAGUUUACAUAUUGUAGACCAUUCCAAUGCCAUUAUACGAUUAUUGUAACCAAUGAAAAGCUCGUUGACCCGUUAACAAUAAAAUUUUGCAUUUUCUGAACAAAUUUCAGUAAUAAGUAAAACGGAAGUAUUUUGGAUUGGGCCACUAUUUUUGGAAAGCAGUGAUAUGUACCUACAUCAAAAGUAAAUAGAUAGGUACUAUAGUUACAAAGGAAUCGUCUUGUAUAAUCUUAAAAAUUUUUAGAGAUAUUCAAAUAAAAAACACAUAUUUUUGCACAAAACAAUUUAUUAAUUACUUUAAUAUUUUUUUAAUAAACCGCUUAAUAAUUUUAAAAAAUGUAGAGUAGUGGUAUUGUUAUUUCAUUAUAAUGUGGUAUUGCUAUAAAGACAUAAAACCUAUUUUUAAGACUGGUUACUGAAUAUUGUUGAAACUAUGACUAAACAAUAAUACGAUUUAAACAUUUCCUAGUUAGGUAACCAUUUUCUCUAUUUUUAUUGUUAAUAAUGCCGUUGUUUAGCAUAAGCAUAGUACAAUAAAUGAAGUAAUGAUAACGUCAUACAAAUGUAGCAGCGCGGCUUGUAUACGUUCGCCGUGCUUCGUGUACCGACGCACAC